UCAGUGAGCAUGAUGUCGUGACACUUGUUGGAGUUGUUGAUUACAGUAUUACUUAAUUAUUAUUUAAUCGUGUUUUUAUCUACUGCUAAAUUUUUUAUUCUAUAAAAAUGGCAGAUCUUUCUAAAGUGCCACUCAAUGUUUUGUCUGCAGAAUCAAAGUUUAUAUUAUCUUCGUUAUUAAAUCCCAUAAAAUGCAUUCCUACAGAAGAUGGAUAUCCGAGAGAUUGGAGAGGUCUUGCCGAUUUAUUUUUAUUAGGUGGUGAAUUAAUACCAGCGAUAGCUAACGAACCAGAUCCUGUAGCAUUUAUAUUAAAUUUGGCGAUACAAAGAAAUCCUCAACUCGUAAUAAAAGACUUACAAGUAAUUUUAGAAAAAAUAGAGCGUUGGGAUGUCUUCGAUGAUACGGAACCAGUUUUUGAUAAAGACGCACAAGAAUAUUAUAAACGAGUGGAAAGAAAUCAGACAUCUGCUGAUGUUGUUGAUAAUGAUAUUGAAAAUCAAAUAUUAACCUUUGAUGAUCUUCACCGAGUUAAAACAGGAUUAUCAACUCAGCACUACGAUGCAUUUUUGGUUUAUGCUGACGAAGAUAUUGAUUUUGCGCAAGAAAUUAUUGAGAAUUUAGAAAAAAUACACAAUUUAAAGCUUUUUAUAAAAGACAGAGAUUUUGUAAGAGGAAUACCAUUUGAACAUGUAGCAGUAAUGGAUAUGAUAUCUGAACGUUGUAAUAGACUAAUUGUGGUAUUAUCCCCAAAUUUUAUAAAGAGCUCUGCCAAUGAUUUUAUCAUAAAAUAUGCUCAAGGCGUUGGUAUAAAACAAAAUCUUCGAAAAAUAAUACCGUGUUUAUAUCAAGAAUGUGAAGUUCCCAAACCAUUACAAUUUAUGACACUUCUUAUGUACAAUAAAUCUAAUGUAUUUUUCUGGCAAAGACUGAGAGACUCUGUUGCAACGGUGUCCAUUGAUACCCCUAAAAUUGAAUUAACAAAUGCCAAAUGUGAAGAUAUAAUUAGUAAAGCACCUGAAGUUCCAAAUACUCCAAUGUUGUCACAAAUUUCCGAUUCGGAAGCAAUACCAACAUCAGAAAUUUCAAAAAAAAAAUCAAAAUUUCAAUGGCCAAUAAAACAGAAGUCCAAACAGGUUACAUCGAAAACCUUAUCGUCUGAUGACAGUCAGAAUGAUUUAAUUAAAAGGCUCCCUUCGCUAGAUGGAUUAGACAACCUUGAUACCACAGAAACUGGGCCUUCGGAUUCCACAGAACGUACUUCGGAUAAACAAAAAAAAACCAAGAGUAUGAAAGUUUGCGCAAGAAAAUUGAAAUCGCUCGUUAGUAAAAAAUCUUGAUGCGCUUUAAAAUUUGGUAAUCGACUGAGAUAUAU